AUGUCUGCGACUCCCCGCUUUCCCUACAACUCGGCGCAAGUCUUCUCUUACCAGGUGACGACACGGCCACGCUCCGCCCCGUUUAAGAGGGCAACGCGUCCGUCUUCUCAGCGCGCUGCGCUGUGGCGUACAACCCCAGCAAGGAGGCAGCGCGCCGAGAGAGCUCCAAAGGACGCUAUCCCUCGAUCUGCCCAUGUCGACAGCGAGUCUGAAGAGGAGGCUCCUGAUGCGCAUGCAGCAGGACAAGGAGAAAAGGCAGAAACGCGUGCCGCUCGCUCCUGGCACAUCCCCGACCUUCAGAUCCGGGAGCUGGUGAAAGGAUGGGAAGCAGAGGCGGCCACCCCCGAACCGGUGCUGCCCCGCGCCGCCACUGCAUCUCCCUCCGCUUCCCAGGUCAAUCGGCCAUUGCUUGCUUGUUCUCGUCGGAAGCGUGUACCCGCCACCCCCCAGCGCCCGAUGACGUGCGAGCCGCUGGUUUCCGAGGAGCCAAUGCUGGCAGCGGACGAAGAGGCGGAGGAGAGAGCUCGGGCAGAGUUCGAGGAAGCCGAGCGACAGCGCAUCAAGUACUACUUCAGAGAGGCGGUGGCGGCGGAGCAGCAGGCAACCGUCACAGAGGCAGAGCUUCAGAGAUGUGCCUCUGCGCCGACGGGACCCGGAGGCACCGCCAAGAAGCGCCCGGCGCUUCCCCGACGGAAUGGUGAGCUCAAGCAGCUCGAGAGGGAAGCCAAGGCUGCGAAGGAGGACACACGGCUGACGCUGAACUUCGUGGACACAGGCGACCGAUACGUCGUGCGCGUGGAUCCGGACCUUCCUAUUGGGCCAGUGCCAGGCCAAACAGGAGGAGACAAGCCGCCGUCCCUGAAGGAGAUCAUUGAGGACAUCUCGGGGAUUGCUCCGUCUCAGCAGAUCCUGUUUUGCCAUCGCGCCAAGAUGGGCCAUGACAAGUACACUUUGCGUUCCUACCAUGCGCACCAGCAUGCCCAGAUCUACGUGCGCUUCGCCAAGGGCACAGUCGAAACUCCGUCGAUUCUUCAUGCUUGCACGGCCAAGUGGCGGCAGCAGCAAGCGAUUCGAAACAAUCGCCGCGAUCGUGCCAGGGCCUGCAGUGAAACGAACUCGAAGCACCAGGUGAUGCCAGACUGGCAGAAAUGCGUGGUUCCAACGAACGGCACAUUCUUCCAGUAUGCGCGAAGAGGCAUCGAAGGGAAGUUGGCGCAGUGUUUCGACCUCCAUCACGUGGAGAAGACUGCGGGCAUCAGGACGCAUCUCUUCCACGAUCCCUUCGCGAGCUUCGGUGACUACCACACCUGGAGACCCGAGCAUGGAGUCGCCGAAUGGGAUCGACUGCGCAGCGGCCCGGCGUAUUCGCACAAGAUCGACUACGCAACCUAA